AUGGCUGCUACGGCCACUGGACGGACUCCUUUCGAGGCUGUCCAGCCCGCCCCACCACCCCAAACCACCACCCUUUUCAAUUUCAAUACUAUAAAUCAUAAACAAUCUGCCCUAAUUAACUCAAAAACAAUCGUAAAAUCAAUCGAAAUAAUUUAUGGAGAACCUACUAUCACGUUUUCAAUGGAGGAAAGGCAAGACUUUAUGAUCGAAGAGGGAUUACAUCAAGCAGUGGUGUUUAAAUUAUCCCAUGGUGCGCCAGAUUUGAAGGUAUUAAGGUCAAUUUUAUCGAAACAUCUUGGUACCAAGGGCAAUUGUUUAAUUGGCUUAGUUGCUGCAAGACAAAUUUUGGUGAGGUUUGAUCAAUAUGAAGAUUAUGUACUAGUUUUAUCUCGCUCAAUUAAUUAUCUUCUCUACAAUGGAGAGGAGCACCAAUGUAGGAUUUUUCCAUGGUCCAUUGAAUAUAACCCUAAGGAGAAAACGACGUUAGCUGUGCUUUGGAUUUCUUUACCGAACUUAUCAACAGAUUUGUUUGCAAAGAAGUCUUUGUUGUCUAUAGCAUCAGCAGUUGGGAAACCAAUAGCUAUAGAUAAAUCUACUCAAAUCAAGUCAAGACCUAGCACGACUAGGAUCAAGGUAAUACUUGAUCUAGUGGAAAAGCUUCUAAAUCGUAUAAGAUUGAAGUUUGUGGAUGGAAAAUCUGGUACUACCGUUAGUGAAAAGUAUCAAGGUGAUGCGAGAGAAAUACUAAAUGAAAAAAGAAAGAUUGUAGAUGUCAAUCAAAGUAAAACUACUUAUUUAGAUCGACAAUUGGUUGCUGCCACAUCUGAGCAAAAUCGUGCAGACUCAAUGAAAGUUGAUAUAAGUAAUAUUGAUGUUCAAACAACUACCGAAAAUAAAGAUGAUUGCAAUAACCAACAUGCUGCUACUAAUGAGGUGAAAUCAAAAGAAGUUGGGAUGAAUUUGAUGUCUAAUGCAACUAAAAACGCAGGGGAAACACCAAGAGUUAGGGUUGAUGCGCCGCGAGUUGGUUCAGGGCAAAAAUUAAUGGAUUCAGGACAAAAACUAAUGGAUACAUCUGAUGUUGAAGAUGCUGAAAUUUCUCGGCAGCAUGUUUUGCAAGUUGAAAAUGAGAAUGCAACUGAAAACUGGAGAGUGGUUGCACACAAAACAUCAACUAGUAGUCGGGUCCUUUCCCCGACUAGUCAAAAUAAUUCUCCAUGUAGUGAAAAGGGUCCAACUGGAAAUUUUCAUGACAGUGAGAAGAGGCAAGAUAUUAGUAAUGCCUCAAGAGACCUAUUAUGUUUGAAUAGUUUUGAUACUUUAUUAAAGACUUCUGGAAAGCAAGUAAGGUUAACAGAGAAUGACAACGAUUUGAUCCAAGAAAAUCAGGUCUCACCACCUGCUUUGAAUAGCAAAUUAAGUCCAGAAGAAUUCGUAUUUGUGCCUAAAUGUGUGCUUGCAAAGAAGAAUGAGCCAAGGGCCUUAGUGUCAAAUACAAUUGAUUUGGGUGAGGAUUAUCUUGAUGAAGAUGAGGAAGAAAAUAUGCUGGACAUAUGCUUUGAUAGAGUGGAUAGGGAAGGGGAUAUAUCACCUAGGCAACAAAGAAGUGGAAGCAACAAAAGCAAAAAGAAGACACAUGGAAGACAACAUAGUUGGAGCGGUAAAAUGACUGAGGAGUUUGUUCCAAGGCACCUACCGAUGCGACAGGCAAUGCAAAACCAUUUGAUAGUAUCAAUAGGUUCAACUAGAACCAAUAAAUUCAUAAAGAAGAUAUGA